UCAUCGGGAUGGUGGCCGGCGCUCGCGGUGGAUACGGAAUGAGUAUGUUCGCGGCUCAGUCCUCUCCCCCGGACCCGUUACGGCAGAACAGCAACCCCAGACGCUGCAUCCCCGACUUUGUGAACUCCGCGUUCGGGAAAGACGUGCGCGUAUCUAGCACCUGCGGCGCCCCGGCGUCGCGCUACUGCGUGGUGACCGAGAAGGGCGAGGAGAGAUCGAACUGCAACAUCUGCGACGCCGCGGACCCCAAGAAGUCGCACCCCGCGUACCUGACGGACCUCAACAGCCCUCACAACCUCACCUGCUGGCAGUCGGAGAACUACGUGCAGUACCCGCAAAACGUGACCCUCACGCUGUCCCUGGGGAAGAAGUUCGAGGUGACUUACGUGAGCCUCCAGUUCUGCUCUCCUCGCCCCGAAUCCAUGGCCAUCUUCAAAUCCAUGGAUUACGGGAAGACCUGGGUGCCCUUUCAGUUCUACUCGACCCAGUGCAAGAAAAUGUACAACAAACCGAGCAAAGCUGCGAUCACCAAGCAGAACGAGCAGGAAGCGAUCUGCACGGACUCGCACACGGACAUGCAGCCGUUAACCGGCGGCCUCAUCGCGUUCAGCACGCUGGACGGCAGACCCUCCGCGCACGACUUCGACAACUCUCCCGUCCUGCAGGACUGGGUCACGGCCACCGAUAUCAAAGUGACCUUCAACCGGCUGCACACGUUCGGGGACGAGAACGAGGAUGACUCGGAGCUCGCCAGGGACUCGUAUUUUUACGCCGUGUCCGACCUGCAGGUCGGCGGUCGGUGCAAGUGUAACGGGCACGCGUCGAAGUGCGUCAAGGACCGCGAAAGGAACCUAGUGUGCGAGUGCAAGCACAACACGGCGGGACCGGAGUGCGACAGGUGCAAGCCGUUCCACUACGACCGGCCGUGGCAGCGCGCGACGGCACGAGAGGCCAACGAAUGCGUCGCCUGUCACUGUAACCUACAUGCCCGCCGCUGCCGCUUUAACAUGGAGCUGUAUAAGCUGUCGGGCCGCAGGAGCGGAGGAGUCUGUCUCAACUGCAGACACAACACAGCCGGACGGCACUGCCACUACUGUAAAGAGGGCUACUACAGAGACAUGACCAAGGCCAUCUCGCACAGACGCGCCUGCAAAGCCUGUGAUUGUCAUCCGGUUGGUGCAGCUGGUAAGACCUGUAACCAGACGACCGGACAGUGCCCGUGUAAAGAUGGCGUGACUGGCAUCACCUGCAACCGCUGCGCUAAAGGAUACCAGCAAAGCAGAUCACCCAUCGCCCCCUGCAUCAAGAUUCCUGUUGCUGCACCCACAGCCACCUACAGCAGUUCAGAAGAGCCCACAGACUGCGACUCCCACUGUAAGACCCCCAAGGGCAAGAUGAAGGUCACCAUGAAAAAAUACUGCAAAAAAGAUUUCGCUGUCCAGGUUCACGUGCUAAAAGGAGAUAAGGCGGGUGAAUGGUGGAAAUUCACCAUCAAUAUCAUCUCGGUCUAUAAGCAGGGCGGACAUCGCAUCCGCAGAGGAGACCAGCUCCUGUGGGUGCGCGCUAAAGACGUGGCCUGCAAAUGCCCCAAAAUCAAAGCGGGCCGGAAGUAUCUGCUGAUGGGCUCCGACGUUGAGGACUCCCGCGGUCAGAACGGGGUGGUGGCGGACAAGGGCAGCCUGCUCAUCCCGUGGAAGGACCUGUGGGCCCGUCGGCUCAGGAAAUUCCAGCAGCGUGACAAGAGGGGCAAGUGCUAGAGAAACAUAGAGAUCAGCAGAGAAGAAAAGAAAAAUAAUGUCCCGAGCAGCUUCGAGCAGAUUGAUUGACGAUUGAUCAGAACUGUGGUGAAGGACAACCAGUUGUGCAGUUUUGCCUUCCGUUGUUUAGCGUUUUUUUUUUUUUGUUUGUUUUUUUCCCAUCAAGAUUUUAUUUUUUCAUAUCUUCAAUUUUGCAGAAUUUGCACCUACUAUUAAGUAUACGUAUAUGUAAAGUCGUUUAUGUGUGAACCUUUCUGGUGUCUCUAUGAUUUCUGUCUUUUUCCACAAAAGAUAAAAAAA